AUAAAUCUAAUCUAAAUCUUAAGACCAAUGAUGCAUGAGUGUUUGAUUAAAUGGUUGAAUCGGUUCACAAAAUUGAGCUGCUGUGAAGUCAGGAUGAAAUCAUAACCAAUGAGUGAUUUGAAGGUAAAUGUGUAUUUCUGUAAAUGCACUGAUCAAAUAUAUUCACUGAAUGACAGCGUGUCCUAAAUGCACAGCUUCAGAAUGUGUUAUGCUUGUGGGUGUAGUAUUAGCUCCAGACCUUCAGGAGUCAGUGGCGCAUCAGCUCUCUCUCUCUCUCUGAGGCUGAGAACGCAGAGCCAUCCGCGAAUGUUUUUAAGUAGGCUGAGGUUACCUAGCAGUGAAAUCCAAUCCACGCUUACCUGUAACGGACAGUCAGGUAGAAAUAACGCCACCUUCAAGACUUGAUCUGUUAGGUUUGUUCGUUCUUGCAUAUAUUUCCUUUGGUCGAAACGAGCGAUGUCAGGCGGCUGCGGGCGGAAUCCUCCUCCUUUCCCCGAUAAUGAAGAUCAGGAGGCAGAAUUAGACACUCGGGUGCUGGACAGCGACGAGGACGAUGAUGAUGAAGGCGAGGACAUAUUCACCAUCGCGAGGAGUAAACCGAUCACACCCACAUCGGCUCCUGAUGAAGGCGAUAUCUUCAGUGAGGAGGGCUCGUACAUCAGGAGCGAUGUCCAUCACGCCACCAAUGGCCUUCACUCUGAUGACGAGCUGGAUCUGUUCACUGAGGCCACAGUAGAGCUGACACUCACCAACACCACCAGUCAAGGCAGGAGAGAGAUUAUCGGCCCGACCGCAUCGGCUUGCAACACCACCCAUGUCCCUAACUCCAUACUCAAACCCAGCAUUGUCACCAAGACCAUGGAGGAGCUGGAGGAGGAAGAGAGUGGAGACCAGUUUGAACUGAACAUUGCAGUCACUAAUCCAGAGAAAAUUGGAGAUGGCAUGAAUGCCUACAUGUCUUACAAAGUGUCGACACAGACUACACUGCCCAUGUUCCUUAAUAAGACGUUCUCCGUGCGUCGACGUUUCAGCGAUUUUCUGGGACUUUAUGAGAAGAUAUCAGCCAAACACUCUCUGCUGGGCUGCAUCAUUCCACCUCCACCUCAGAAGAGUGUAGUUGGGAUGACUAAAGUGAAGGUAGGGAAGGAGGAUUCAUCCUCAGCGGAGUUUGUGGAAAAGAGACGAGCAGCACUGGAGAGGUAUCUACAGAGAGUAGUGGCUCAUCCAUCUCUGUUGCAGGACCCGGAUGUUCGAGAGUUUUUAGAGAGAGAUGAGUUGCCCAGGGCAGUGAAUACUCAGGCUUUGAGUGGACCUGGCUUCCUAAAGAUGAUAAACAGAGCGUCGGAUGCAGUGAAUAAGAUGACCAUUAAAAUUAAUGAAUCGGAUAAUUGGUUUGAGAGUAAGCUGCAGGAGGUGGAGAAUGAGGAGCAGCUGCUGAGGAGGCUCCAUGCUGCUGUUGACUCAUUAGUAAACCACAGGAAAGAGUUGUGUAGUAACACAGCGGUGUUUAGUAAGAGUGUGGCCAUGCUGGGCAGCGUGGAGGAGAACUCGGCGUUAUCUCGUGCGCUGUCACAGCUGGCAGAAGUGGAGGAUAAGAUGGAGCAGCUGCAUCAGCAACAGGCCUUCAGCGAUUUCUUCAUCCUCGCUGAGCUCCUGGCUGAUUAUGUCAGGCUGCUGGGGGCCGUGAGGUGCUGUUUUGAGCAGAGGAUGAAAGUCUGGCAGCGUUUGCAGGAAGCUCAGAGCACAUUGCAGAAGAAACGAGAGGCUGAGGCCAAACUGCUUUGGGCGAACAAACCCGAGAAGCUGCAGCAGGCUAAAGACGACAUAAAUGAGUGGGAAUCUAAAGUCAGUCAGUAUGAGAGAGAUUUUGAAAGAGUCACCUGUACUGUGCGCAAAGAAGUGCUCCGAUUUGAGAAAGAGAAAGCCAGAGAUUUCAAACAGCACAUCGUGAAAUACCUGGAGUCCCUGCUUCACACACAGCAUAGGCUGGUGAAGUGUUGGGAGGCCUUCCUGCCUGAGGCCAAAGCCAUCGCCUGAUCAGAGCCUUACCUCACACGCUCCUAACCUUUGACCUUGACAACAGACAAUCAACAUUUCUCUCUUCCUAUUUCCUUUGCUCUCUGUGUGUGAAAUAACAUGUACACCUUAAUACUCGUUCAUCGAUAAUCUGAUCCCCAGAUUGUGAUGGUAAACCUGUGCAGUGACCCGUGUCACUGUUGACAACUGAAUGUUGAGUGCAAAGGUUAAAGGUCAGAGCAGCAUUAAAAAGAACAGCUGUGUGUGGGGUGCAGCAAGAAUAUUUUUUUUUGUGUGUGUGUGUUCAGUGUUAUCCUUAAGGUUUUUAAUGGUGCUUAGCCUAUGUAAAGUUUCAGUAGACAUUAAAGAUUGUUGAGUGUCGCUCUCUCUGUGUCAUGGAUGUGCACAGGGGUGAGACUGAAGUUUGUAAUCCAUUCCAGAUAAGAGAGAAAAUUAAAAAACUUGAGAUGUUCACGAUAUACUGUAGAAAAAAAAAGAAUGAUUCCCAGACUGCAAAAGGAAAAUGUUUGGUGUCUUUUGAAUGAAGUCCCAUAUCUUGUGUUGAUAGUUUUGAGUGAAUUUGUAUGUUCUCAAACAGCUGCACUGAUCUGGACUGGUCCAGAUAAAGGUCUACUUGUAGUACAGGUGUGCAAACAUGUCUAUUAAAAAUCCUGGAAGAACUUGUUUAAACACAUUAAUUACAAAAAAAAAAGUGUGUUAUAAAAACAUUUGUACUGUGGAUGCUUCUAGUCUUUAACAUUUAUGCACUGCUGGUGUAUUCAUGAUAUCACAAUACCUUGCAGAAACUGGGGCUUCAUUUAUAAAAUGCAUUUAUGAUCAGAUUUGCUCCUCAAUUCCACAAAUUUAAAUCUGUGACAAAAAGUAAGGAACACGUUGAGAUUUAGCAUUGG